GACCAUGAGCAAUUACAUGAGCCCACGUUGAUGUUGCCCAGUUGCCCAGUUGCCCACUAUAAAAUGAUUACUAUCCUAUACCCAGAAGAGCAAUUUCCUGGUAGCACCUCUCUACCUUAAACAGAUGGAGAGUUGGAAAUGGGUUUUCGUUCUUCAUCUCUUCUUCUUCCUAGUUCAGCUGCAAACUGGCAGCUCUACUACCCAACAAGAGCUGGAUAAGAUUCUUGAGCUUCCAGGUCAGACCUUUAAUGUGAACUUUUCUCAAUAUUCUGGGUAUGUCAAUGUGGCGUCUGGGAGGAAUCUGUUCUAUUGGUUGAUUGAAGCUGCUGAAGAACCUUCCACAAAGCCCCUUGUUCUUUGGCUCAAUGGAGGGCCUGGAUGUUCUUCAAUUGCUUAUGGGGAGGCUGAGGAAAUUGGUCCAUUUCAUAUUAAGCCAGAUGGAAAGACCCUUUAUCUGAAUCCUUAUUCUUGGAACCAAGUGGCAAACAUCAUCUUUCUUGACUCCCCAGUUGGUGUUGGAUUUUCCUACUCGGACAACUCCAAUGAUAUUCUGAUCAAUGGAGAUAAACGGACUGCUGAGGACUCGUUGGUAUUUCUGCUUAAGUGGUUUGACCAAUUUCCACAAUAUAUAGGAAGGGAAUUCUACAUCACUGGAGAAAGCUAUGGAGGACAUUAUGUUCCUCAGCUUGCCCAAGCCAUUGUAAGGUACCAGCUGGCAACUAAGACAGAUAGAAUUAAUCUUAAAGGAUAUAUGGUGGGAAAUGCUCUGACCAAUGAUUUCACCGAUCACAUGGGAAUUUUCCAAUUUAUGUGGUCUGCUGGUUUGAUAUCUGACCAAUCCUACAACCUUCUGAACCGCUAUUGUGACUUCGAAUCAUUUAUUCACUCCUCAGACCAGUGUAAUAAGAUUCUGGAUAUUGCAAACGAAGAAGUUGGAAACAUUGAUCCAUAUAGCAUCUAUACUCCUGCCUGCACUGGCAAUUAUAGCUCAUCCAGUAGGCUGCUGAAGAGACUGUUUAAGGUUGGUCGCAUCAGUGAAAAGUAUGAUCCAUGCACUGAGGCACACUCAACUGUAUAUUUUAAUUCACCUGAGGUUCAGAAGGCACUUCAUGUUAAGCCAGAAGCUGCACCUUCUAAAUGGGAGACUUGCAGUGACUUGGUUAAUACUAACUGGAAGGACUCUCCCACGUCAGUGCUGGACAUUUAUCGCGAACUUAUGCCUUUGGGGCUUCGUAUUUGGAUAUUCAGCGGAGAUACAGAUGCUGUUAUACCAGUUACAUCCACCCGGUACACCAUAGAUGCUCUUAAGCUUCCAACUGUGACUCCUUUUCAUGCUUGGUACGAUGAUGGACAGGUUGGAGGAUGGACACAGCAGUACGCGGGUCUCACAUUUGUAUCAGUGAGAGGAGCAGGUCAUGAGGUCCCUCUGCAUAGACCCAAACUGGCUCUGACUCUUAUCAAGUCCUUCUUGUCGGGAAGUCAAAUGCCGACCCUAGCUGCGCAUAGCGAUUCGUGAAAAAUUCGACAAUUCAGCAAUGCCAUGUUCAUAGAUCCGAUCAACAUUAAUUUUUUUUUUCUAAAUCUAAUUGCAUGCGGUCGGUGAUCCAUCAUGUUCUGAAGGAUACUUUAUGACAAUCAUUUGAUUAAAGAGUUGUCUUGGGACUUUUGCUCA